AUGCUCAAGAGUGUUCACAUAUUCAGUGCUUAUGAUAUAUCGAUGACGAUCUGCUCCAUGCUAUGGUUUUUAGUGAUUGGCCUGCCCUUAGGCGAGAGUUACAGUCUAGAUAUCUCCAGCCAGCUCCAACAACGGUUCAGUGCGAUAAACACCACUGACAAGGUAUUAGCUAAGGAGUACUUGGAGGAUAAGUUCCCGUUCCUCAAAUCGCAUUGCGUCACUGAAGCUUUGAAGUCCUUUUUGCCAAUAUGCUUGGAAAAAGGUAUGGAAUUCGUCGAUUCAGCACUACGUGUUGAGGCCGCUGUUAAGCUGUCGAUUUGUGAGUUCAAAGCAUCCGGAUUGGAACAUAUACCUAACAGUUGUGAUUCGUGGGAUAUAGACUCCAUGAUGGACUGCAUGAUACGGCUGGAGUCCUCGGCUCAGUGGUGGACGACCUACAGUGGAAACUAUCAGAGAUUAUCCAGCAUAUGCUUUGAGAAUUCACUCCCUUACGAGAAACAGCAAAUAUUAGACCUAUUUUUGAAUGUAACCAGGAUGUAUAGCGACAUCAGCGAUGCAUUAAGAGCUCAGGUUCAGGAAAUAAUCAGCAAUACCGAGUCAGCCUCCAGAAGACAUUUGGAAAAUAUGGCCAACAUGUUUCAAGAAUACAUGGAUGAUUUCAGCCAAAGGGCAAAAUCCAAUGAAGAAGAUAUAGAAACCGAAUUCAUUGCCCACAAAGAUAGGAUGAAGGAAUUGAUUACUAGGGACUCAGUUGCAUUCUUAGAGGAGCUUAAAAAAAAAGAUUCGCAGCUUAUCGAGAGUCUUGGGGAUAUCCUAAUCACUACCGAUAAAAUAGCAACCGAGCUUAGCAGAAUGGACAUUACAAAUGAGAUCAACGAUAAAAAUCGGGCGGCUUUAGAAAAGUGGACGGAAGUGGACGAAAUCGUUGAGAAGAUAUACGAUGCGCAGAUUGAAAAUCACAAUCGCAUGGGUAAGCAAUGGGAAGAUUUCUUGGUCUUAGCCAGAGAUGAUAUUAUAACCAUUUCUUCUGAUCUGGCGAAGUCACACGCUCGAGCUUUUGAAGCACUGAAUGACUACGACGAUAUGAUAAAAGACACCAUAAUCCCGUCGAUCGCCAACAGUGUCCUUUCGCCACUGCAUGCCCUGAAGGAGCAGAUUUUGUUUGACUGGCAAGAAACUGCCGAGUUAAUUAGUGAAGAUGUGACGAACUGGAAUAACAGAGUGGCGAGUAGCUUUGAAGCAAUCUCGCAAAACUUGAACAAUACAAUGGAAAAAGUAAUAGACCUCGAUAAUAGAAUUGCGAAGCUUCAUGGCUUGUUCGCUCACAUCCAAAAGGUCUUCGAGCUCAUAUUUAAGGCUUUCCAGCACAGCUCGAUGAUUUUUCUGCACCUCAUUAGAAACCGAUGGUUUUGGGUUCUUGCAAUGCUAAGCUUUUGCAUGCCUAAAACACUGAAAGUAUUUCGUUCUGAAAUACCUUUUCUAAUGAUUAUUAGCGUAACGCAGCUAGCGCUAAAAUGGUGCAUGAUACUAAUCAUGAUCUUUAUAGGUUCAAAGCUCGGCACGCUGAUAGUAUCGAACAAUUCAUAA